UUUCUUUCUUUUUUUUUUUUUUUUUUAAAUAAUUUUGGAGGGUCUCUAGAGAAAGCGAGAAGCAAGGCGAUUUCGGUGGUGGGGAGAGAGCAUGGCCGCGGGGAGGGCUUCCCCAGUCUCUUGAUCAAAGCAUUCCGCUGUUCUGAUUUAUUGCCUGCUUGGUGAGUUAUUUUUCCCCCUUUCCUCUGUAAAGGAGACCUGUGUGUUCAGCCAUUACUUUGCUCGGCGCUGUUCGCAGGCAUCUCCGACCCUCGGUGCAGAGGGGAGCCCCUCACUUCGCCCUCUCGCUUCCCUGUCCCUCCCUCCCCGUCUCCCCGCCCCUUCCCCCCUUUUUUUCUUUCUUUUUUUCCCCCUGCCCUCCCUUCUUGUUCUUCUUCUGGUUCUUUUUUUUUUUUUUUCCCCUCCCAGCCGCCUUCUCCCCGGCGCCCUUCCUCGCGGCUGGAGGGAAAGCCCGUACAGGAGGAGGGAGGGCUCGGUGUCAAUUUUUUCUUCGUGUGUGUGUGUGUGUGUGUGUGUGUGUGUGUGUGUGUGUGUGUGUGUGUGGCCGCGGCCCGAGCUUGUGGCGCGCGGGUAGGCGAACGGGGAAGGUCCCCGGCGCGGUUAAAAGAACCAUGGAUGGCCCGACGCGGGGACAUGGACUCCGGAAAAAGCGGAGGUCGCGAUCACAGCGAGACCGGGAGAGACGCUCCCGGGCCGGGUUAGGAACCGGUGCAGCGGGGGGUGGAGGAACCGGCCGGACUCGGGCUCCUUCGCUGGCUUCAUCGUCGGGCUCCGACAAGGAAGACAAUGGAAAGCCCCCAUCCUCCGCCCCGUCCCGGCCCAGACCCCCGCGGAGGAAGCGCAGAGAGUCCACCUCAGCCGAAGAGGACAUCAUUGAUGGAUUUGCCAUGACCAGCUUUGUUACUUUUGAAGCGCUGGAGAAAGAUGUAGCAGUAAAGCCUCAGGAACGUGUGGAGAAACGGCAGGCUCCCCUGACCAAGAAGAAACGAGAAGCCCUUACCAACGGCUUGUCUUUUCACUCGAAGAAGAGCCGGCUCAGCCACUCGCACCACUACAGCUCAGAUCGAGAAAAUGACCGCAACCUGUGCCAGCACCUUGGGAAGAGAAAGAAGAUGCCUAAGGGACUGAGACAGCUCAAGCCAGGACAGAACAGCUGCAGGGACAGUGACAGCGAAAGCGCUAGCGGAGAAUCCAAGGGUUUCCACCGGAGCAGCUCUCGCGAGAGGCUCAGUGACAGUUCAGCUCCUUCCAGCUUGGGGACAGGCUACUUCUGUGACAGCGACAGCGACCAGGAAGAGAAGGCAUCAGAUGCUAGCUCUGAGAAACUGUUCAACACUGUUCUUGUAAACAAAGAUCCAGAGUUAGGUGUCGCCACACUACCUGAACACGACAACCAAGAUGCAGGGCCAAUUGUCCCCAAGAUCUCUGGUCUAGAGAGAAGCCAGGAGAAGAGCCAGGACUGUUGCAAAGAGCCCAUCUUCGAACCCGUGGUGCUCAAAGACCCACACCCUCAGCUCCCGCAGCAGCUCCCAGCCCAGCCCCAGGCGGAGCCCCAGCUCCAAAUCCCAUCUCCAGACCCGGACUUGGUCCAGCGCACGGAGGCUCCUCCUCAGUUUCCUCCUCCAAGUACACAGCCAGCCCAAGGACCCCCAGAAGCCCAGCUGCAGCCUGCCCCGCUGCCUCAGGUGCAGCGGCCACCCCGUCCGCAGUCCCCCGGCCAUCUGCUCCAGCAGACCCUUCCACCUGUGCAGUCACACCCCGCUUCUCAGAGUCUCUCGCAGCCACUGUCGGCUUACAACAGCAGUAGCCUGAGCCUCAACAGCUUAAGCAGCAGCAGAAGCAACACCCCAGCCAAAACCCAGCCCGCCCCUCCUCACAUCUCCCACCACCCAUCCGCCUCUCCCUUCCCACUCUCUCUGCCCAACCACAGCCCCCUGCACAGCUUUACACCCACCCUCCAACCCCCUGCCCACUCACAUCACCCCAAUAUGUUUGCCCCUCCCACGGCUCUGCCUCCUCCCCCACCGCUGACAUCUGGAAGUCUGCAGGUGCCCGGGCAUCCCGCAGGGAGCACAUACUCAGAGCAAGACAUCUUGAGGCAGGAACUGAACACGCGCUUCCUGGCCUCUCAGAGCGCUGACCGAGGGGCAUCCCUGGGCCCUCCACCCUACCUGCGGACCGAGUUCCAUCAGCACCAGCAUCAGCACCAGCACACGCACCAGCACACGCAUCAGCACACCUUCACACCGUUCCCCCACGCCAUCCCACCCACUGCCAUCAUGCCGACGCCAGCACCUCCCAUGGUGCGUACCCCAGGCAGAAAUUUUGACAAAUACCCUACCAAAGUUGACCCAUUCUACCGGCAUAGUCUCUUCCACUCCUAUCCUCCUGCAGUCUCGGGUAUACCCCCCAUGAUCCCACCCACGGGCCCUUUCGGUUCACUCCAAGGAGCAUUCCAGCCGAAGACAUCCAACCCCAUCGAUGUGGCUGCACGGCCUGGGACAGUCCCCCACACUCUACUGCAGAAGGACCCAAGGUUGACAGAUCCUUUCAGACCUAUGUUAAGGAAACCAGGAAAGUGGUGCGCCAUGCACGUGCACAUCGCCUGGCAGAUUUACCACCACCAACAGAAAGUCAAGAAACAGAUGCAGUCAGACCCACACAAGCUGGACUUCGGGCUCAAACCUGAGUUCCUGAGCCGUCCUCCAGGCCCUAGUCUCUUUGGAGCCAUCCAUCACCCCCAUGAUCUGGCACGACCUUCUACUUUGUUCUCUGCCACUGGUGCUGCGCAUCCUACUGGGACCCCUUUCGGGCCACCGCCUCAUCACAGUAACUUUCUCAACCCUGCCGCUCACCUAGAGCCUUUUAACCGGCCGUCUACGUUCACGGGCCUCGCUGCAGUCGGCGGCAAUGCCUUCGGGGGACUCGGAAACCCUUCAGUUACACCCAACUCAGUGUUCGGCCACAAGGAUAGCCCCAGUGUGCAGAACUUUAGCAAUCCUCACGAGCCCUGGAACCGGCUGCACCGAACGCCUCCGUCGUUCCCGACCCCUCCGCCCUGGCUGAAGCCAGGGGAGUUGGAGCGCAGUGCGUCCGCUGCAGCCCAUGACAGAGAUAGAGAUGUAGAUAAACGAGACUCCUCCGUUAGUAAAGAUGACAAGGAAAGGGAAAGCGUUGAGAAAAGACACCCCAGCCAUCCUUCCCCAGCACCUCCCGUCCCGGUGAGCGCCCUGGGCCAUAACCGCAGCUCCACCGAUCCGACGACCAGGGGUCAUUUGAAUACUGAGGCUCGUGAGAAAGAGAAACCAAAAGACAGGGAGAGAGACCACUCGGGAUCCCGAAAGGACCUGACCACUGAAGAGCACAAAGUCAAGGAAGGCCAUCUGCCCGAGAGAGAUGGGCACAGCCACGAGGGACGUGCAGCAGGCGAAGAACCCAAGCAGCUGUCCCGGGUGCCAUCGCCCUACGUGAGGACACCAGGCGUGGAUAGCACCAGGCCUAACAGCACCUCUAGCCGGGAAGCCGAGCCACGCAAGGGGGAGCCGGCCUACGAGAACCCCAAGAAGAGCGCCGAGGUCAAGGUCAAAGAGGAGCGCAAGGAAGACCACGACCUACCCACAGAGGCCCCGCAAUCCCACAGGACCUCAGAGGCACCUCCGCCCAGCUCCUCAGCCAGUGCCAGCGUGCACCCAGGGCCUCUGGCAUCCAUGCCCAUGACCGUGGGAGUGACUGGCCUCCAUGCCAUGAACAGUAUCGGUAGUCUGGACAGGACACGCAUGAUGACCCCGUUUAUGGGCCUUAGUCCGAUCCCAGGGGGAGAGCGCUUUCCGUACCCCUCUUUUCACUGGGACCCCAUGCGGGACCCCUUAAGGGAUCCUUACCGUGACUUGGACAUGCACCGAAGGGACCCUCUGGGCAGGGACUUCCUGCUCAGGAACGACCCCCUGCACCGGCUCUCCACACCCCGGUUGUACGAAGCGGACCGCUCCUUCAGGGACAGGGAGCCUCAUGAUUACAGCCACCACCACCAUCACCACCAUCACCCACUGGCCGUGGACCCUCGGCGGGAGCACGAACGGGGUGGACACCUGGAUGACCGCGAGCGGCUGCACGUGCUUCGGGAGGACUACGAGCACCCACGGUUGCACCCUGUGCACCCCGCUUCUCUGGACGGACACCUCCCACACCCGAGCCUGCUCACACCAGGCCUUCCUAGUAUGCACUACCCUCGCAUCAGCCCUACUGCGGGCCACCAGAAUGGACUGCUCAACAAGACCCCGCCCACCGCGGCGCUCAGCGCCCCACCUCCGCUCAUCUCCACAUUAGGGGGCCGCCCGGGAUCCCCCAGGAGGACUACGCCUCUGUCGGCUGAAAUCCGAGAGAGGCCACCGUCCCACACACUGAAGGACAUCGAAGCUCGAUAAAAGCCAAGAGGACGAGGCGGACCUUGGAGUGGGGGAGAAACCCCAGGGACACCCCCCCCAAGACUCAAGAGACAACUCCUGCACCCCCAAAACUGAAAGGUGCAGAGCUCCAACUCUUCCCCUGGAAAAAAAAAAAUGGACAGAGACUCUGUUUGGAUGUUGAAAUGUUUUUGUAUAUUAAUGUUGGAAUUUUUCAGACCUUUUAGACAGGUCCUGUUUGUUCUUACAUUUCUUUACUUUUUUGUUGUUGUUGUUCCUUGCAUAAAACUUUGAUUUGAACCAAAACGGUGAAGGUAAUGACACACAAGGAUCUGAUGAUAACGGGGGCCGGGGGGGAGGGGGGGAGCAUCUAUCCAUCACCCAGAGCUGUCUCAGAGGAGGAGGCAUGUACAUAGAGUGUAAAAAGAAAUUGCUUCAUGAGCUGACGGUUCAUAUAUGCAAAAGAUAAAGACGAAAGCUUUACUUGUACAGAUGUAAAUAGGUAAAGAUUAAGUAACAUAAUACAUUAAUACUUCUUCAAAUGUGCUAUUUACAAGUCUAACUUCAGCGAACUCGGCCCUCGGAGGAGGAGGAGGCCGGGUUCCCAUCAGCUAAAAACCCUUCAACUAUGCAAUGAAUACGAGGGCUUUUCCCGAAAGCCCAUCUAACUCAAAGGAGCCUUUUCAAAUUCAUUUACAACAUACUUAAGGUCAUAUUUUCCCUGAACAAGUGCUUGCCUGAGACUUUAUACAACUGUUUUCCUUUUGGUUUGGUUUUUUGUUUUUCACAUGGAGAAACACUUUCUUUC